AUGGCAGACGAUUUGACCAUUCAAACUUGCGGAAAAGACGGAGGAAUUGUGAUCAACGAUGACUGGCCAGGUUACAGUUUAGAGCUUUUUAACUAUCCAAAACACUAUUCUGGAGAUCUAGAGUGUGUUUACAUCCCACAUGGUGUCAUCAUGGACAGGACAGAGCGGCUUGCACGUAACAUAAUGGGUGACCUGGGGGACCAUGACAUUGUGGUGCUAUGUGUUCUGAAAGCCGGGUACCAGUUCUGUGCUGACUUGGUGGAGAGGAUCAAAGCACUGAGUCGUAACUCAGACCACACUCUGCCCAUGAGUGUCAACUUCAUCCGCCUCAAAAGUUAUGUGAAUGAUCAGUCCACAGAGGAUCUCCACAUCGUUGGAGCUGAAGACCUCUCUUUCCUGACUGGAAAGAACGUCCUAAUCGUAGAGGCUAUUGUAGACACAGGCAAGACAAUGAAGACUCUCCUAAAACACGUGGAGGCCUUCAGGCCCAAGAUGAUCAAAGUAGCAGGUUUGCUGGUGAAGAGAGUGCCAAACAGUUCAGGAUGUCUCCCAGAUUAUGUUGGUUUUGAGAUACCCAAUCGUUUUGUAGUUGGAUAUGCCUUGGACUACAAUGAGUAUUUCAGAGACCUCAAUCAUAUCUGUGUGAUCAGUGAAAGCGGGAAGCUGAAAUACAAGGUCUAAGAAGUGAUGUUUAUAGGAUUCUGCAGAGGAAGUGUUUCCACAAGAAGCUUGGACACUUCCCAUGAGAGGCCAUGCAGUAACAACGGUUAUCAAACCCAAAGACCCUCACUCUUUGCUGGUUGCCACACCUCAGGGCCUACCCAUAGACCAUUGGACUCGUUGCAUAAUAAUUAGAACCUCCAUAGUUAUUUUUAUAACAAAGCUGUGAACCUGUGAUGUACUGUUACAAUGUUCAUGAAACCUGUCUGUGUUGAUGAAAAAUAUAUAAU